UACUUAGCGUCGUGGCAUACGUGUCGUUUCGAUUCGUCUCAGUUUUUAAACCUGUUGCGCAUAUCUAUCUACGCCCGGGAGCAUAAAUAGCGCGCUCGCGUGUUGUGUCGGAUCUUUUCAUUUUGUCGCAGGAGAAUUCCGUGUUUGCGAAAGAAGAAAUUGACUCGCUUCGGGUCAUCGAUUGAGCGCGGAGAAGAACAGUGAUGAGUUUGGGGCUACAGCCGAGUUUCGUUGCCGGACUGUUGAUGUAAAUCUGUUCCCCUUGGACUGUAUGCUACCCGUGAGCAUGACCGUCGCAUUUGCUUAUCGUUACACCUGGAAUCGCGAGAUUGUCUUCAACUCACAAAAGCUGGUUAAGAGACGCGCAAAAAUUGCUGCCUGAGAGCUGUGGGAGUAUUUUCUUCGACGAGGAUAUCUACUCAGCCGGACUUACGGAAAGGAUUAAGCAGACUCGGAAGGAAGAAAGGAGACUCCACGUGGGAAUUGUUCAAUUAAAAAAAGGAAACAUAAGGAAAAGAGAGAGAUUUUGCAAUCACGUAUUUUGUUUUGGCACAACUCCGGAAGAAAGGAUCUGAAGAGAAGCGAGAAGAAGUGAAAUGAUAUCUGUGAUCUGAAAUUGCUGUGUUUAGUAUUUUAUCGCACUACAAAAGAAAAAAAAGCCUUUGUUCAUUUAAAAAUUGUUUCGAAUAGUUAUACUACGACAAGAAGAUUAAACGUUUUUGGAUACACUCUCUCUAUAAAUACUACGUUAUAGCAUCUUACUCUAUAUGAACACUAUUCCCCACUCGUAUCAGUUAAGGACUCUUAAAAAAUAUCUAUUCGUAUCCAACAAACAAGAAACUUUCAGUGAAUGUCAGACAACCCAAGACGCUGAGAUCGUAAACCAAUAGAAUUAUAGUCAAAUUUUCAAGCCAUAUUUACACAAAUCCCUUCGUUAGUAAUAAUCGCAAUACUUAGGCUGUAGACAAAUAAAAAAAUCAAUCGAAUAUUCAUCGCACCAAAGGCUGCAGCCUUUCCGCUCGAUAAUCUACAUCGACACCGACAAAUCGUUGAACACAAAGUCGGCUUUCGAACCUGUCCAGGCGCAGCGGUAGUCGUGUCGUUCGGUGAGAACUGCCUUAUAAAUAAUUAAAACAAAAAAAAGCACACUACGCAGCAAACAGCAGCAGCAGAAGCAGCAACAACAACCGUAGCAGCAGAAAAUACUCCCAGCUCAGCAGCAAUUUAGAAGUCGCGCGCGCGAUCCGACCCGUCGUCGUAGCGCAGGGCCAAAAUGAAUGUCUACGAUCAAUGGCUUGGUGAAAAGUUGAAAAUACCCCAACUGUCCGGCGUCGCCACCGGUGGCUAUGUCUCAACGCCAACGGCCCCGUCGGCCCUUGUGGGUAUCGUUCCCGACCUUGGCCCCUUCCCGAACCAGCGCCAACCGGUAAAGGUACAGAACACCGAGGAGCUGCUGAUGGAAUUCGACUACGUGUACGAAAACGUCGAGUUGACUCACCUAACACCGCCCCAGACGCCGCCCCAGGAGGAGCAGUACCAUGGUGCUGGGGAGCAGCCCACGUAUUUGACGCUGCCCUCGCAGAACAAUCCGGCACCGGUGGCUGCUGUCGCCGGCGGUGGACAGUUCUACGGCUAUGGCGGUGGAGUCGUCCUGAACCAGAUCCCGACCGUUGUAGAACAACUCCCACAAGCGACGGCGGAGCCCCUCCAGCAGGUUCCCGGAGAGUACCAGCUAGCCGACAGCUUUGGCUUCCAACCGGUGGCCGAAGUGGAGGACAUUGCCCGUAACUUGGAACUGGUGGAGGAAAUCAUCCGUUCCCGCUCGAAGGACCUCCCGGAUUGCAACGAUGACGAAGAUUCCUGUUCGUCCUCGGAGGAUGGCUCGGUGUCCAGCUCGUCAUGCCCGAUGAGCGAUGCCAGCUCGUCCUACUGCGGUUCGGCGUACUCCCGAGACCAGGACGACGAGUGGAGCCCGAGUGGUAACUACAAGAAGAGUUCCCUCGGCAAGGUGGGAGGUGGCGUCUCCAAGAAGCGCACCCGUCCCUACGGACGCGGAAUCGAGGACAAGAAAUCGCGCAAGAAGGAACAGAACAAGAACGCCGCCACCCGGUACCGCCAGAAGAAGAAGGCCGAAAUCGAAGAGAUCCUUAUUGUCGAACGUCAGUUGAAGGACAAGAAUGACGAAUUAAAAAGCAAAUCUGCCGACAUUGGGCGCGAGAUCCGCUAUCUCAAGAGCCUGAUGCGCGAGGUUUGCAAGGCGAAAGGCUUGCUCGAAUGAGUGAGCUUCGAGAUACUUAUUGUACCUUUAACUUUUUUUGAUUAUUUUAUUUUUUCCAGCACGUACAUUUAUCCAGGAAAAUAAUUCAAGAAAUAGUAGUUGUAUAAGAGACAUCCCCCCAUAUCGGUAAGAUUUGCUUCUAAAUGAUUCUUCAUUCUUCACUUCCACGGUGAGAAGCCGUGUCGUGUGUUUUGGAAUCUGAUUAGCUUGUAGUCGUUAUUAACACAACCAUGUGUUUAGUGUGUAAGCUAAAAACAUCAACUUUUACGAUUCUUAGACAAAGGCGAAUACUCGUGUAACGUCAGGCAUAUUGCAGAAAUCUGUAGUUAUUCGUGGCAUGCUGUCUUAGAUAAUACACCUUACUCAUCUUCAAUUGGAAACGCGAUGAUGUAACCCAUUCGGACCCGUGACUUGCCGCAUCCCUUGCGAGAGAUCCGCCCGCAAUCGUGACCCGCAGUGUAUGACGUCCGCUCGGCGUGACCGAAGAUCUGCUGCCGGAGUCCGGUUGCGGCGGGGCUCUCGGGCAUGGCUGUGUUGCCGAUAAAAGGAAUUCGAAAUCGACUUCGAACACCAAAAUCCCCGUUCGAUUCGAUACGGGGAUUUUUUCCACCAUUGGGGGACACUUUUUAGAAAAUCCAAAUCUUCUUAAUUCCUGGAAAACCCGAAUCGUUUUGUGACCACUUUAAAGAUCUAGUGUGUGAUCUCCCUAAAUUGUCCCCAUAGUAAGAAGAGUCUUCAGCUCUGUUGCGCAGAUAAUAUGCUGUACAUCCCUGUAUCCGCGGCACAGCGAAUCGAGUUUCGAUUCUAUCGGGGAUCGUUUGGGACGCUAUGAUUUAUAAAUGUCAACAUUUUUUAACUGAUGAUUAUGAUAAGAUCAUUAACGAUUGUACGCAAAGAUCAAGCGAAAAUUUGGAAAAUAUUACAUCAAAUAUAACGGAAAUGGAUUAAGUGAAAUGUUUGAACAGUGCAAUUAAGGACAAACAACAACUUCCACAUUUGCUGUGCAAAGUGAAUGCCAUUUGAGCGUUUCUGAACCUGUGCAAUCUAUGGAUGUUAUUUUCGAGCGUAAUAUAAGAAAGGGAUAAGAAGAAA